AGAUGUCCUUUUUGAGAAAUUUAACUUUAAAAAAUCUGUUGCCUUCUGUUGGGGAUUGAAUUAAUUUCUUUAGAAUGAUGUCAUCAAAGUUGACUAAAGACGAAAUUGAGAAGAAAAUUGCUGAGCUUCAAGAAUUACUUCGGACUGGUAAUUAUGAAACUAAUAAUGGACCUGAAAGAUUGAAAACAAUUGACAUAGAAGUCGGAGAAGUAACAGAAGGAGUCAGGAAACUCAAUGUAGAAUGGAAUGAAGAUAAUGAGUUGCUGUUUGCUUGUCAAAAAUGUAUGAGUGCCUUUCACGCUGAAUCGGAUUUAUCGAAUCACGAACAACUAACCCAUUUCAACAGAAACAUUCCAAGAAAAAAGUUUAAGUAUUAUUGUGAUAAAUGCAAUGAACGAUUUAUUUAUGAGCAUUUAUUGUAUAGGCAUAAAGAAGAACACUUGCAUACUGGCAUAAUUCCUGGCGUUGCCCUCAUAGAUGAAUUGCGAAAAAAACACAAGAUGACAAAAAGUGACUUUUUCAAAAAGUACCCAAACUCCUGCGACCACUGCAGCAAGAAUUUUGAUUGCAAUCAACAUUAGAUAGAGCAUAGGAAUGAGGAGCAUAAGGGAUGGGAAACUGAUGAAGAAGACGAUGUCAAGAUUGAUCCAAGCUUGUACCCUUUCAUAUGUGAAGACUGUGUUGGAGCAGCAUUUGGCUCAAUUAAAUUAUUGAAACGACACGAAAGAAGUUAUCAUGAAAUAGAUUGUACAAGCGAUGAAUCCGACACCGAUAUACAUUAAAUCAUCAGAAGCCAAGUGGUUUAAAUUAUCUUUCAUAUGUUUGCUUUUUUUUUAAAUUUAUAACUAAUAAAUAUGAACACA